GCGAAUCGUCUUCCGGCACCCACACUCUUCGUCGGUCCUCCCUCCCGCAACGCCUCUCAACUCUCCAUCGCCCGGCCGCCAACCCAAGACACCAACUCUAAACCCUCCACAACGCGUCUCCGCUCCAACCUCGCCGGCUCCUCGUCUCCGCCUCAAGCUCGCAAUGACCACCGCACCACUGACGCCGCCGCCGCCGCCGCCGCCGCACCUCCUCUCCGCAAAGCCAGUACCAAAAACCUGGAAUCGCGAUGGAAAGAUAUGCGCGCAACCCUCAACGAAGUCGAAAUCACAGCCCAGUCCUCCACACACGUAUUCGGAGAAGCCCAUGCCGCAGCUCUGGACACACUACGACAAGCACAAGUCGAAUUAGCAAGAGCUUGGGGACGAGGCGCCGACGACCUCGCCUUCGAUCGAGCGAAUAGAGUCAGGAAACGCGGGGACACGAACACCUCCGCAUCUACGGCGUUGUCCGAUGAGAGUGGCUUGAGUGAAGAGCGGGCCAAGAGCGGUGAGACGCGGUUGGAAGACGAGACGGCGCAGGAUGUCAAGUUGGCGAGUGAGCGCAGGGCGGCGAAUGAGGCGUAUUUCAAAAAGGUGGAUAGUGGGGUCAAGGACGUUGUGGCCAAGUUGGAGAAGGUUGCGGAGGCGAUGAGGGGAGUUGAGAGUGAGGGGAGGAGUUUGUGGAGUGAGAGU